ACAGAAUACUGAUUCCUAACUACUGACUAAUGCCCACUGAGUACUGCAUUAGCUGCCAAGCUUCCAUGCUUUUCACGUCAUGAUCUUUAAUAAAUCUUUCAAAUAAAUACAUUCAACAAACAACAAAAAACUGUUCUGCUUCAACAACAAUGGCGUUUAUUCAUUCCCAAACUUCACCAAUUUCUUUAUCCCUCACCCCAAAUUCUUCCUCUAAAACUUCUUCACUUCAAUCUCGAUUUUACUUCCCUAAAAUCAAUCAAACGACGCUGUUUUCUUCUUCAAAACUGUUCCUCAAUAGUCCUCAUUUCACAAGUCAAUUGGGUUGUAAAUAUUCUUCUGAAUCUUUCAGUGAGGUGCUUGAGGGAUUAAUUAAUAACAAUGAUUUGUCAGAAAAGGAAGCUGAGAAUUCGUUGAAUUUCUUGCUUGAUGAUCCGGAUGAAGCUCUUAUCAGUGCUUUUCUUGUUUUGUUGAGAGCUAAAGGUGAAACUUUUGAAGAAAUUGUUGGACUGGCAAAUGCAAUGAUGAAACACUGCAAGAGUGUUGAGGGUUUGGAUGACAUGAUUGAUAUCGUUGGUACCGGAGGAGAUGGCGCAAACACGGUGAAUAUAUCUACUGGCGCCUCCGUACUAGCUGCCGCCAGUGGUGCAAAAGUAGCUAAGCAAGGGAACAGAUCAAGCUCUUCAGCUUGUGGAAGUGCAGAUGUUUUAGAGGAAUUAGGGGUUGCCAUUGAGUUGGAACCUGAGGGAAUAAAAAGAUGUUUGAAAGAAGCAGGAAUCGGUUUCAUGAUGUCGCCAACUUACCAUCCGUCCAUGAAGGUUGUUAGACCAGUAAGGAAGCAGCUCAAAAUAAAAACCGUGUUUAACAUAUUAGGUCCAAUGUUAAAUCCAGCUCGAGUUCCUUUUGCCGUUGUUGGAGUUUAUUCUGAAGAUAUUGUUGAUAAGAUGGCCAAGGCCCUUCAGAGAUUCGGUAUGAAGAGGGCAUUGGUAGUGCAUUCUGAAGGACUUGAUGAAAUGAGCCCUAUGGGCCCAGGAAUGAUUCUUGACGUGACUCCGGAAAGAAUAGAACAGUUUUCUUUUAAUCCAUUGGAAUUCGGCAUUCCACGAUGCACGGUGAAAGAUUUGCGAGGAGGUGGACCGGAAUACAAUGCAGAGGUUUUGAAGCGUGUGCUAGGAGGGGAGACGGGAUCUAUAGCAGAUGCAUUUGUCUUAAAUGCGGCUGCUGCGCUCUUGGUUAGUGGACAAGUCAAGACGCUAGCUGAUGGAGUAGCCCUUGCUCGUGAAACACAGCAAUCUGGCAAAGCUUUAAGAACUUUGGAAUCAUGGAUAGAUAUAUCAAAUAAAAUGAAAAAAGCAAAGGCCAUAGCUGCUUAGUCCUCAAUCAAAUGGCUCAUGCUAGCAUCAAAAAUUUAUUAUUAUUUGUUUUUCAAAAGAUAAUAAAUUAUACUCAAAGACUUGUUAAAGCACGUGCACUUAAUAUUUAUGAGUUGCGAAAUAACCUUUUUGUAACUACACAAAAUCUUGUCUAAA